AUGGACGGGUUCACAGGGAGAGCAAAGGCUACCAUGGCUGAAGCAGGUCAUGGAACUAAAGGAGUAUUUGAGCUUCUGUCUGGAUGGCGGAGAACAAGAGAGAAUUUGCCCUUCAAAGACAGGGUGGCAGAUGCCUAUUCUGAUGUGAUGGUCACCUAUACCAUGACCAGCUCCCUGUACUUCAUUACCUUUGGCAUGGGUGCCAGCCCAUUCACAAACAUAGAGGCUGUGAAGGUCUUCUGUCAGAACAUGUGUGUCUCCAUUCUGUUGAACUACUUCUACAUUUUCUCAUUCUUUGGCUCCUGUCUGGUCUUUGCUGGCCAACUCGAGCAAAACCGCUACCAUAGCAUCUUUUGCUGUAAGAUCCCCUCUGCAGAAUACCUGGACCGCAAACCAGUGUGGUUCCAGACAGUGAUGAGUGAUGGGCAUCAACAGACAUCCCAUCAUGAGACGAACCCCUACCAGCACCAUUUCAUUCAGCACUUCCUCCGCGAACAUUACAAUGAAUGGAUUACCAAUAUCUACGUGAAGCCAUUUGUUGUCAUCCUCUAUCUCAUAUAUGCCUCCUUCUCCUUCAUGGGGUGCUUGCAGAUCAGUGACAGAGCCAACAUCAUCAAUCUACUAGCCAGUGAUUCCCCGAGCGUUUCCUAUGCCAUGGUUCAGCAGAAAUAUUUCAGCAACUACAGCCCAGUGAUAGGAUUCUACAUCUACGAGCCCCUGGAGUACUGGAACAGCAGCGUCCAGGAGGAUCUGCGGAGACUCUGUAGUGGGUUCACUGCAGUGUCAUGGGUGGAGCAGUAUUACCAGUUCCUGAAAGUUAGCAACAUCAGUGCCAAUAACAAGAGUGACUUUAUCAGUGUCCUACAAAGUUCAUUUUUAAAAAAGCCAGAAUUCCAGCAUUUUCGAAACGAUAUCAUCUUCUCCAAGGCAGGGGAUGAAAACAACAUUAUUGCUUCUCGCUUGUAUCUGGUGGCCAGGACUAGCAGAGACAAGCAGAAGGAAGUCAUAGAAGUGUUGGAAAAAUUGAGGCCCCUGUCCCUAUCAAAGAGCAUCCGAUUCAUCGUGUUCAACCCCUCCUUUGUGUUCAUGGAUCACUAUGGCCUGUCUGUCACAGUGCCUGUUCUGAUUGCAGGCUUUGGUGUUCUCCUGGUGUUAAUCCUGACUUUUUUCCUAGUGAUCCACCCUCUGGGAAACUUCUGGCUAAUUCUUAGCGUCACCUCAAUUGAGCUGGGCGUUCUGGGCUUAAUGACAUUAUGGAACGUCGACAUGGAUUGCAUUUCUAUCUUGUGCCUUAUCUACACUUUAAAUUUUGCCAUUGACCACUGUGCACCACUGCUUUACACAUUUGUAUUAGCAACUGAGCACACCCGAACACAAUGUAUAAAAAGCUCCCUACAAGAGCAUGGGACAGCCAUUUUGCAAAAUGUUACUUCUUUUCUUAUUGGGUUGGUCCCCCUCCUAUUUGUGCCUUCGAACCUGACCUUCACACUGUUCAAAUGCUUGCUGCUCACUGGGGGUUGCACACUUCUGCACUGUUUUGUUAUCUUACCUGUGUUCCUAACCUUUUUCCCCCCUUCCAAAAAGCACCACAAGAAAAAGAAACGCGCCAAACGAAAGGAGAGAGAGGAAAUUGAAUGCAUAGAAAUUCAAGAGAACCCUGAUCAUGUCACUACAGUCUGAAGGGUGUAGACAAAUGGAUUCUUUUUCUUUUCCAGUAUUGCACAAUGAUGCAGGGAGAGUAGAGCUCAGACCUCAGAUGCUUGGGCUGGCCAGGGGUAACAAGGAAAGUCAGAUCAAGAGUGAAUUGUUCAUGACACAUCAAGGUGUCCACUUCUUGGGGGGAAGACAGAAUCAAGGAGGAGGGAAAUGUUCUUUGCAACCUUGUUCUCCACUAAAGAUAAGUUUGUGGAUGUGAUCUUGGAGCUCUUCCAAGGAAUGGACAAACCAAUGGGGUGUUAGAAGGCCAAAAGCUCUAAUUGCUUUCAAAAAUAGAAUGCUUAAAAAAAAUGGAGAGGAGAGGAAAGGAGGCCUCUAAAUAGGGAAGAUGAUAGGAAAUGUCAAAAUUGCCAUGGCACUUCUCUUAUUUGUGUUUUGAACAGGUUGGUCAAAGGAAACCUAUGCACUUGGGAAGUACAUAUUUAAUCCUGUCUAAACCAAAGGACUUCCCAAUCCAUUUUACAUGUACAUAUAUAUGUAUAUAUGCCAUAUAUACAUAUACCUAGACUUGUCUUUAGUGCACAUUGAUGUUUGUGUGGAAGAAAGUGUCCAUUUGCAGAUGGGCUGGCCUUUCUCUAAAAAGUCAAAUCAGCCUUAGCCAAAUAUAGACGAAUUAAUGGCAAUUCAAAGUCAACUCAUGUUUCAACAGCAAGGGUUUUAGUCAACUGUGUGAAAAAAGAAGAAAAACAGAGAUGUGAGCCUAUUCAAUUCUACAUAUGAUGUCAGACUUUGAGAUUCCAGCUUUGGAUGACUUUAGUAAAAAAACACAAAAGGCAUUUAAAUCAAUCACUGCAUGGACAAGUGUUAAAAUUUCAUGUUGGAGCUAAAUAGUUGAUAAGGCUUUUCAUCGGCAUUGAAUGAUUCUCUAUAUUUGGGAAGGCUGAUUUGACUGCCUUCAGAGAGCUUACCCACUGAAAAUGAGCAUUUUAUACAUAUUGUCCAUACAUGUGUGUAAUCGUGCAUGUGUGUACGUGUGUGUGUGUGAAAGACAGCUGGGAAAUACCAUAGUUAUAGUGCUCUCAUUUUAGAUGAUGAAAAUAUACUGCCAUGGAAUACAGAUAAUUAAUGUAGGAGAAAGGAGAUCUAACUAGGAGGCGUCAUAGAAUGAAACAGAAUAAAUGUAUCAUCACCAGUCAUCAUGCACCACCAACUGGUUCUUAGCAUAAGGAAAAUAUCCUAAUCCUAUAAAGUCUAGUGUGCUCCUUGCAUUAAUAUUAGGCACAUUGAUCAGGCCAUGAUCACUACAGUAGUGGUUACUAUAACUACUGCAAUAUUGUUUUGUAGCUUCUUGCAAUAUCAUUGUUCUUGUGACCUGGAAAGUGUUCCUCGGUUGGCCAUCACGUAGGGUGUUCGUAGCUCUCCAAGGUGGCAUAUUAACUGUAACUGCUGCUGAAUUCUCUCCUAAAAAGUACCGAAGUAAAUGUUUUCAUUGAGUUAACAUGUCAAACUGCUCCCCAGCAGAUAGAUUUAGUCUGUUGGGUGCUUACAUGGAUUAAUAUUAAUGCUGUGCUUCCUGUCACAGAAAAUUACUAGAAAAUGCCUUUUCCCAUGCCAAGCAGUAAAAUAAGUUAAUUUUCAGGUAGGACUGAACAAAUGUCCAGUGACUAUAAAAUCUUUUAGUAACCUCUCUUACCUGGAAGAGAGCUACUGUUUCCCAUCAACUUUGGUUGUAUAUUUUAAUUGAAUCUAAAAUAUUAAAAUCUGAGGAAUGGGGGAAGAAAAGGAAAAACCUCCUGGACUCAGUUAGGUUCAGAAAAGAGAUACAGACCAUUUAAUUCUGGUUACAGUCUUUGGAAAUGAAGUCAAUAGAUUAAUGAAGUAACAAAAUGACAAAACAAAUGUACUUUCUGAAUAAGGAGUUUAUCAGGAUAUUAAGGGAAAGAACUGCCCCUAAAAUGAAAACCAUUUAACCAAAUUUUAUUUUAGUAAAUGAAGUUUGCUUUGUCCUACCUUGAGGUUACUGAGUUUCUAUUAGAAUGAUUCAUGUCUUCUCAAUUGCAUUCAUGUGGGCAGAGUAUCAAUAGAUCGAGUAUGGAAAACAAUUGCGAUAAGCAUAGCUAUUGUUCUCACAUCAUUUGUUAAGUUCAUGUCACAGAUAUCCCUAGCCUUUUGCCUCCUGAAUGGCUCUGCUAGAAUGAAAUGGUAUUUGACACUAGUAGACCUGCAGACCAUGAUCUCAUAUCUGAAGUAGAAAUUUCUGGAGAGUUGGGUUUUGGGAAGAGGGAGGAGGAUUCUUCUUUCAUAGUUUACUCACCACUUGUGAAGAUUUGCCUUUCAUCCCUUUCAAAAGAUGGCCAUAAUCAGCUGAGACAUUUUAUUAACUAUUACUCCAUUUCUUCCUGAGGUAUGCCAUUCUCCAUUCAUUUACCAAGCUAUAAAAAGCUUGCCUAUUAGGGUCAUUUAUUUCUUGAUUAAUUUAGACGAUGCCACACUCAAGGAAGAUUGGCAGGCUGAUUUAUAAAGAAAGAAUCAAGCAUGCCAGUUGCCAAAUGCAUAUGAGGAUGGUGGCAUAGUUUGCCAAACCACCAGGGCAGUUCCAAUAUCAUAUCUCCAUCUAGACAGCCUCUGGAUGAGGGAAAACAGUUCUUUUUUUGCUUAUGACUUCAAGGAUCAAAGUGAGUAUGGUAAAUGUGAAUUUCCCAUUGUUCGAGUGACUAGAGGGGUGGAAUUUUGGAAGGGACGUUCUUUUCCAGGACACCAUGGUACUCUUUAGUGAACUGGAGCAAUAAUUUAUUGAAAUGGAAUUUCUUGUUCUGGAAGAGUUAAUCUAUCACCCAAAAUGCCCCUGCUCAGUCUCAGGAAAUAAUUUAAGCCUGUAAGGAAUCUAAAUGAGCAUCAUCUGACCUCCCAACCUCACUGUGCAACAGAUAUUUCCAAAAAUUCCAAUUACUGAAUGCCAAGAUACAUUUUAACAUAUGAGAUCAUGAUUUGCAGGUAAUGCCCAACCUCUGCCUUUUCUGGUAGCUUAUGUGCAACUCUCCCUACUUUUUCAAGUUUACUGCCAUAAUUUUGUCCAUUUGUGAAAUAUGAUGGUGUUCAAAUUGAGAACAUACCUACUGCUGGAAGAUGACCGAUCAACUCCUGGAAGAAAAGAACCCAUGGGAAGUAUCUCAUAUAUGUCGAAUAUUGUAUUUUGCUGAAAUGUGUUUUUCUCUUAAAGCGAGAGAUUUUAAAAGUUUGUAAAAAAAAAAAAAACAAAACUACCUUUUCUGAAUUUAAACUGCAAUGUGGAUUUGUUUUCUUCCAUCAGAAUAUAAAUUUGAAGUAGAAAAUGGCAUAAGAACUCCAUUCUCCACAAUGGUUAAUAAGCUCCAAAAAGGUACUCACCUAAAUUAUGGAAAGAUUUG